AAAUCUGUCAUGUGAGAUAUUUUUCUUUCGCCCAUCAUUGACUACUAAGCACGUCAAAUUACUAGCAAGGAGCUACCUUUUUAGUAGUGGAUAAGAGCAGCCGACGAGCGGAGUUGCAAUAACAGCAGCAAUUAGUGAACUUCAUUUCUCUCCGUUGAACAAAUUCCAUUAAUUCCGCUGGCAAAAUGGCCCUCAGCGACGCAGAUGUCCAGAAGCAGAUCAAGCACAUGAUGGCCUUCAUCGAGCAGGAGGCCAACGAAAAAGCAGAGGAAAUCGAUGCCAAGGCCGAGGAAGAAUUCAACAUAGAAAAGGGUCGGCUGGUGCAGCAACAGCGCCUGAAGAUCAUGGAGUACUACGAGAAAAAGGAGAAGCAGGUCGAACUGCAGAAAAAGAUCCAAUCGUCGAAUAUGCUGAACCAGGCCCGUCUGAAAGUACUGAAAGUACGCGAAGAUCACGUCGCCAGCGUACUCGAGGAAUGUAGGCGUCGGCUAGGCGAGGUAACUCGUGAUCCGGCCCGCUACGGUGAGGUGCUCUCCGCUCUCAUUACCCAGGGAUUGCUACAGCUCAUGGAGACCAACGUGUUCGUUCGUGGUCGACAAGCCGAUGCCCAACUGAUCCAGAAUAUUCUGCCGUCGGCUGUUGAGGCUUACAAGAAAACAUCCGGUAGGGAUGUGGUUGUGAUUCUCGACACCGAUACAUACUUGCCUGCAGACACUACCGGUGGAAUCGACCUGAUUACUCAAACGGGACGUAUUAAGAUCUCCAACACUCUGGAGUCCCGGCUUGAGCUCAUCGCCCAACAGCUAAUACCUGCAAUCCGUAAUGCAUUGUUCGGUCGUAACAUCAAUCGCAAGUUCACCGAUUAAAAAGUUGCUGCCAUUGUGACGCUUCACCACAAACCCACGGUUUUCUUUAUUUUCGUAAUUUUAACCCGACGUGGAAAAACCAUCUGGUUAGUAGUGUAGUUAGUAUACAGUUUCGAUGAAUUAGUGAAUGAGAAACAAUGCACAGUGGGGGAGGAAAACGCUGCGACUCAUUGUCCGUGAGUGGCUCGGCAAGCCAUCUGCUGCUUUAAUGUUCCUCCACAAGAUGAGAUGAGGUCAGUUCCAACCACCACAGUUCUAAGUUUACGCUAUACCACACAGAUACACCAAUAGAAAGAAAAAAAAUCGUAGUUGUAACAAAAAAUAUGAACCAAACCUAACCACAAUAUGAUCAAAGUUUAGCCAAACAUUCAUUAUCUUUAUAUACAACCGUUUACUGUUAUUUCGCACCCCUCGAAUUAACAUCCUUCACGGGGGGGGGUAUUUUUAUGCCAUUCGAUGAUCAUCCGUUGGUUUUGGUUAAAGGUUCACUUUUAUGAGUAAUAUAAGAAAGAAAAAAAAACUAUUACUUACUAUUUCAAUCGAUGUUUACAUAUGCUUUGUUUUUUAUAUAUAUAUAUAUAUAUAUUUCAAACAUAAUUUGUGUAGAGUUUGUUAAAUUUUUAGUGUGUGUUAGACACAAAUAUCGUUAUUUAGUGAAUUGCAAGCGUAAACGAUAAUCCGUUGUACACCUCAUGCUCGCAUUGAAGUCACGUAAUUGUCCUACAACAGAAAAAAGUAGAAUCAAAAAUACAUUCCUUUGUCGGCUUUACUUGGCAGCAGCACAUCCUGUGUUGCUUCAUCGAAUCAUGUGAAGAAAGUUGCCAAGAAGUUUAACUUUAGUGAAAGAAACAAAAAACAAAUACAAUGCAUGAGCUUGAACAAACUUUAUUUACACCCGUGAAAAACAAUCACAUUUCUCCGUUUGAUCGCACCUGACGGCCUUUGAUUCGAAUCCGCUGUUUUAAUGUUAUUGAAUUCAUGUCAAACGUCAUUUCGGUAGUAAUCCAUGGAGUAAUCAAACAUAAAAAGAACAGUAAAUUCGCCUUCUAAGACCGUGUCACAGCAUCUUGUUUUGCUUGCACCAAAUUUCCUCCAGAUUGUGUCAUUUGCUGAACGUCAAAACAAUGACAGGUCUAUCGGAAGCUGCGAAAACUGUUCGUUUUUUAUGGAAUAACUACACUCGUAAAUGGGUGGGUGAGUGUCGUUUCCAGUACCACCCUUUAGUCGGUGUGUGUGUCUGUGUUUGGGAACAUACAAGAAAUAUUUUCAUUACAUCUUGCCAACGUUACGUCAUCUGUUGGCCGGAAAUCGAAUCAAAGGGAAAUAGGCACAAAACAUGCGAUUUGUUUUAUUUCUGUUAAAUCGUUAUUGCCGCUGUUUGCGUUCUUUAUUAAUUUUUGAUUAAAUUUUCCCUGAAAUCAAAUUUAAAACAUGAAAUAACUAGACUUAAUAUAUGAUAAUUCUGGCAACAGAAAAGUAUAUAAAUAGAGGAUAAUGUGUAAUUAAUAUAUAGGUAUUGUUGUAAUCAUAAUGGAUAUAAUAGUAAAUUUCAAGAAAUAUAUUGAUCAAUAAUACAUCAUUAAAACGAUAUGGCUUAACUACAAACAAAGCUAUAGCUUGGGAGACGCUUUUCGUGGAAUCAAUUAUCUACAUAAAAUAUAUAAGUCUUAAACACAUUUUCACAAUCAUGUAUCGUUUGGACUGGUUAGUAUCGUUUAUAGAGAGAGAAAAAAAUGUUAAAGGUACUCCAACAAUAGAUUUGUGACCCUUUCUGAAUUAUGUAGAUGAAGUUGAUGCUAUAUUUGAAGAAAUACCAUAGAGAGCUACUAUAUAAAAGGAACCAGUAACGAGCAGAUAGUGCAUUGAAUUGAAAUCACUCACGAACAGUACAAUAUGAACCAACCAGCACAUGAACACGGUAACAAAAUAAUAACAUAACAACACAUAUUCAAUGGAACUACUAUGUAUGGAAAAUGAGAACCAGCUGUGUAAAAUCUAUGAAACAGGACAAAAAUUAACAAAAAUACAGAAAAACAAGGGUAUGGGGGGAAGAGCCAACCCUGGAGCAA